GUGGUGAGUUUUUGAGCGGCAAAUAGCGGUCUGGCAUUGAGGUAAUUGAGUGGCACGUGUGAAAGUCAAUCCCGUUGUCGCCACCACCGAUAGUUCCAAACAGACAACUCCAGUUUUCCAUUUUCCAUUGUCUUCAGAGUUCAGUGUUCUUCUAUUUAAUUAUCAUCAUCACAAUCACAAUAGAGAAAAAGAGAAGUUGAAAGGGGCGUUACCUGAGAUCACAAUCAAUCAAUCAAUCAUGUUGCGGAGACUUAUCUCUUCACAAUUACUCAAAACCCUAACAACUUCUUCUUCUUCUUCUCUCCGAUCUCCUUCUCCCGCCGUCGCUGUUUCUUUACACUCCCUCCGUUUCUCUACUCAAUCCGAUGACAGUAGUGCUAUCAAAAAGAAGGUUGAGGAUGUAGUGCCAAUUGCUACUGGUCACGAGCGCGAGGAGAUUCAGGCUCAACUUGAGGGUAGGGAUAUUCUUGAAAUUGACCAUCCUGAAGGUCCUUUCGGCACUAAGGACGAACCUGCUGUUGUUAAAUCUUACUAUGGUAAAAGGAUAGUUGGAUGCCCAGGUGGUGAAGGCGAGGAUGAGCACGAUGUUGUCUGGUUUUGGCUGGAGAAAGAUAAACCUCACGAAUGUCCCGUGUGUGCACAGUAUUUUGUGCUCGAAGUGGUAGGACCUGGUGGAUCACCUUAUGGACACGAUGAUCAUCAUCACUAAUUGCUCCUUCAAAUUUUCUUGUAGAAUAAACUCUGGAAAGAUGGAGACAUUGUUUCGCAUACACUGUGGCCUUUCCAAAUCCUGAGGCCUAUGUUUGGUUUUGAUGUUACUUCCUGUGGUGUUGCAACUUUUGACAUGGAAAGUUUUUGUGAUUAUUUUGAAACAGGAUGCUCAUUUGCCUGAAUCAUCAAUUCUGUCAAAUUAUGUUCGCAUGUCAUAACUAAACAACUUAAAGCUGUUUAAAUUUAAAAAAACCUAAACCGAGUUAGAGCACCUAAA